AUGAUGCUGAGUCCAGACCAAGCCGCCGACUCGGACCACCCCAGUUCGGCGCCCUCGGACCCGGAGUCGCUGGGUGGCGCGGACGCCAAGGUGUUGGGCAGCGUGUCGGACCUGGAGCCGGUGGAGGAGGCCGAAGGCGACGGCAAGGGCGGCAGCCGGGCCGCGCUCUACCCGCACCCGCAGCAGCUGAGCCGCGAGGAGAAGCGCCGCCGCAGGCGCGCCACGGCCAAGUACCGCUCGGCCCACGCCACCCGCGAGCGCAUCCGCGUGGAGGCCUUCAACCUGGCCUUCGCCGAGCUCCGCAAACUGCUGCCCACGCUGCCCCCGGACAAGAAGCUGUCCAAGAUCGAGAUCCUGCGCCUGGCCAUCUGCUACAUCUCCUAUCUCAACCACGUCCUGGAUGUGUAG